AUCUCCUCUCCAAUCAUCACAAUCUCUAACGUUAAACCCUAAGACAAACUAAAAGAGAGCUACGUACAAGGAGACAGAGAGAAGAAUGGGUCGCCAAAACGCUGUCGUAGUUUUUGGCCUUGUGUUCUUGGCCAUCCUUGGCCUCGCCGCAGCUGCCUCCUCUCCGUCUCCUUCAGCGUCACCCUCCAAAGCUCCGGCUGCUACCGUAACCGAUGUCGAAGCUCCAGUGAGCGAGGACACCAUUGGAACCACCGAUGACGAUGCAGCUGCUUCUCCAGGUGAUGGUGACGUAGCUGUGGCUGGUCCUCUAGGAAGUGACUCCUCCUACGGUAGUAAUGGACCUUCACCUUCUACUGAUGCUGCUGACAGCGGCGCGGCUGCUCUUGGCGUCUCUGCGGUCUUCGUUGGUGUUGCAUCCAUCGCCGGUUCUUUCUUGUUUCUCUGAGGUGUGUAUUAUCAUGAGAAGAUUAUUCUGACUGAAGACUAUUAAUAUGUAUGGAUGAUUGUGAUGGUCGUGUUGUAAUAUGUUUCUCCUUUAUUGUGAGAAACGAUGUUUUGUAAUAAAACUGAAAAAAAAAACGAAAAUUUCCUCUAGCAAGGAUAAAAUGCGGAAUUGCGGAUUAAAUAGUACUAUUCAAUCC